AUGUUCAAAUCGGCCGCUGUGCGGGCCAUUGCUGCCCUCGGACUGACUGCGUCAGUCUUGGCUGCUCCUGUUGAACUGGGCCGUCGAGAUGUUUCUCAGGACCUCUUCGACCAGCUCAAUCUUUUCGAGCAGUACUCGGCGGCUGCGUACUGUUCAGCUAACAAUGAGGCCUCUGCCGGCACGGCAAUCUCUUGCUCCGCAGGCAAUUGCCCGUUGGUCCAGCAGGCUGGAGCAACCAUCCUGUAUUCAUUCAACAACAUUGGCUCUGGCGAUGUGACGGGUUUUCUCGCUCUCGACUCGACGAAUCAAUUGAUCGUCUUGUCAUUCCGGGGAUCAGAGACUCUCGAAAACUGGAUCGCUGACCUGGAAGCUGACCUGGUCGAUGCCUCUGCCAUCUGUUCCGGCUGUGAAGCACACGAUGGGUUCCUUUCAUCCUGGAAUUCAGUCGCCAGCACUCUGACAUCCAAAAUCUCGUCGGCCGUCAACGAACAUCCCAGCUACAAGCUGGUCUUCACCGGCCACAGUCUCGGAGCCGCCUUGGCUACACUUGGAGCCGUUUCUCUUAGAGAGAGCGGAUAUAAUAUUGACCUCUACAAUUAUGGCUGCCCCCGGGUCGGUAACACCGCGCUCGCAGACUUCAUCACCACGCAAUCCGGAGGCACAAAUUACCGCGUCACGCAUUCCGAUGACCCUGUCCCCAAGCUGCCUCCCAGGAGUUUUGGAUACAGCCAACCGAGCCCAGAGUACUGGAUCACCUCAGGGAACAAUGUAACUGUUCAACCGUCCGACAUCGAGGUCAUCGAAGGCGUCGACUCCACUGCAGGCAACGACGGCACCCCUGCUGGCCUUGACAUUGAUGCUCAUCGGUGGUACUUUGGACCCAUUAGCGCAUGUUCGUGA